GUUGUAGUUUACCAACAUCUGGAGGGCCGGACAGCAGCAGCAGCACAGAUGCCCAUUGGUCAUGCCUGACAUUAGCUGUGGCAACAGUGGUACCGAGUACCCUAAGCUCCUCACACGCUUUAUGACACGGGGGGAGGAGCCGCGGCGCAUCCACCCCCAGCAGCACUCACACACGGACUCGGAAUGACACACAAUAGAGAGGCAGCCCAGCUGAUAGUAUCUGAGGUUCGGCCACAGGGCCCCUGAAUACAGAGGGAAGCGCUUCUGUUCCGGCACAAGACUCGAAUCCAAUUUUACGGAGACUCGCUGUAAUCGCAGUAUCGGACAUGAGAAUAGGGGAUCCUGCUCCAGGCACAAUGACCCCACUCUGCACUGAAGAGUAUUAGGAAGAUACCGAGUAGGACCUGUUGUGGGACAGAGAUCGCCCCAGAGCCGAGUGUUACAUGGGAAGAGCGUAAGCUAAAGGGACACACUGGCUCCUCUCCCGCUAAGCAGAAGUCGCAGUUGACUGACUAGACACAGACGGUUUUAUAGCUCAGUGGGACCAUGCUCGACUCCCCAUGCUGAACUGGCCCCUCUUUGGUCCUGGGGCCAACAAACAGAAUGCUGGCCGGCUUCGCGGAGGCGUGGCGGGCUCAGUUCCCGGACGCGGAGCCGCCUCGCAUGGAGUUGCGCACAGUGCGGGACAUGGAACAGGAGUUGGAGAGGUGCCGAGCCUCUGUCCGCCGGCUGGAGAGAGAACUUAAUAGGGAGCGAUUCCGUAUGAUCUACCUGCAGACUCUACUGGCUAAGGAGAGGCGGGGCUACGACCGGCAACGGUGGGGUUUUGAGGAUCGCCAUCGCCAGGUACGAGAUCCCAUUGGAGAGGAAAGGCUCAAGAGCACAGGAAGAGAGGAGAGGAGCCCAGAGAACAACCUCAAGGGGCCUGGCCGAAGGGAACCACCAGUUGGUGCUCCUGACUUGUCCCCCCGGGAUGUCAACCGAGGGCCCCGUCGCCUUCUCAGCCUGACAGAGCGAGAGGACCACGAGCAACGAUCUGACAGGCUGAGGAGAGCAUCAUCCCACCCUGAAGGUAGUCCAGGACUUAGGGGACCACAGGUUGCUGAUCUUCAUGGAGUGCGGGGCCGCUCCUCUGACAGCAGCUGUGGGUGGGAUGGAGAAUACGAAGAACCUGAACUAAAUGCACACUUUCUGCAGGAUAAUGCCUUACACAACUCUGGGGGAAACUGGAGUGAGGCCUGGCCCCGUCGCUCCUUUUCUCCAAGGAGUUUCGAGGACAUAGGGGGUGGGUACACGCCAGACUGCAGCUCCAAUGAGAAUCUGACUUCCAGUGAAGAGGAGCUGUCAUCGGGCCCCUCUGGCAGGGUGUCACCCAAAGGCAUCUGGAGCCGCUCCCCUCCUUCACCUGGUAGUGCCAGCCCACCCACUCCUCAGGCUCCUGCUCGGCAGUGCCAGCUUAGGAUUGCAGAGGCCGCAAUAGUUGGAGUUCGCAGGAGUGGCCAGAUAUGGCCCAGUUGCACUGAGCCUUUGGGAAGGGAUCAAGGUUGCCAUGGAGAUGGAGAUUCAUCUCACUGCAGGGGAUCACCUGGGGGUACCGAUGAGCAGCGUUCUCUGCAUGAAUUGAUGCCAUUUAUUGAUGAAUCCCCUUCCUCUUCACCUCAGCUGAGUGCCAAGAGCCGUGGAAGUAGAGAUACCCACUCCUCUGGGUCUCUGGAGUCCAGUAAAUCGACUGAGCUGGACCUGGAGAAAGGCCUGGAAAUGAGGAAGUGGGUGCUCUCUGCAAUUCUGGCUGGAGAAGAGACUUAUUUGAGCCACUUGGAGGCUCUUUUACUACCCAUGAAACCUCUUAAAGCAGCAGCAACUACAUCACAACCAAUGCUAACUGUUCAGCAAAUUGAAACAAUCUUCUUCAAGGUUCCUGAGCUGUAUGAGAUUCACAAGGAAUUCUAUGACUCUCUCUUCCCACGGGUGCAGAAAUGGAGCCACCAGCAGCGUGUAGGAGACCUGUUUCAGAAACUAGCCAGUCAGCUCGGGGUGUAUCGCGCCUUUGUUGACAACUAUGAGGUUGCCAUGGAAACAGCGGAAAAAUGUUGCCAAGCCAAUGCACAGUUUGCUGAAAUUUCAGAGAACCUAAAGGCUAGAAAUACACGAGAACCCAAAGAUAAUUCAUCAAAAACCACGCUGGAGGCACUACUUUACAAGCCUGUGGAUCGAGUAACUCGCAGUACUCUGGUUCUACAUGACCUGUUAAAACAUACUCCUGUUGGGCACCCAGACUAUCCUCUUCUGCAGGAUGCUCUCCGGAUAUCCCAGAACUUUUUAUCGAGCAUCAAUGAGGAGAUAACGCCUCGCAGGCAGUCAAUGACUGUACAGAAAGGAGAACACAGGCAGCUCUUGAAGGACAGUUUUAUGGUAGAACUAGUAGAAGGUGCCCGAAAACUGCGUCACGUCUUCCUGUUUACCGAUUUGCUUCUCUGUGCCAAACUGAAAAAACAGAUUGGAGGGAAAAGCCAACAAUAUGACUGCAAGUGGUACAUUCCUCUUGCUGACCUUAACUUCCAGACAGUAGAUGAAUCAGAAACCACUUCCAACAUUCCUACGAUUCCAGAUGAUGAGAUUGAAGCCAUCAAAGUAAAGAUAUCACAACUAAAGAGCGAUAUCCAGAGGGAGAAGAAAGCUCAUAAAGGAGGUAAGGGACUUGAACGCCUUCGCAAGAAGUUGUCAGAACAGGAGUCUGUGUUACUCUUGGUUUCACCAAGUAUGGCUUUCCGCAUGCAGAACCGCAAUGGCAAGAGUUACACAUUACUCACUUGGUCCGAUUAUGAACGAGCGGAGUGGGGAGAGCAUAUCCGGGAGCAGCAGAAGAAGUGUUUUAAAAGUUUCUCUUUGUCCUCACUGGAAAUUCAGAUGCUGACAAACUCUUGUGUUAAACUUCAGACUGUACAUAGGAUUCCACUGACACUCAGCAAGGAGGAUGAUGAGUCUUCUGGACUUUAUGGCUUCCUAAAUGUUAUUGUUCACUCAGCAACUGGAUUCCAGCAGAGCUCAAAUCCCUUCUGCACACUUGAAGUGGAUUCUUUUGGUUAUUUUGUUAACAAGGCAAAAACACGUGUUUAUCGCAACACUACAGAGCCCAACUGGAAUGAGGAGUUUGAGAUUGAGCUGGAGGGAUCACAGACCCUUCGAAUCCUGUGCUAUGAGAAGAGCUGCAACCGGAACAGGCCUAUGAAGGAGGAUGGGGGAGACACCAGUGAGCGCAUGGUAGCUAAGGGGCAAGUGCAGCUUGAAUCUCAGCUGGCCCUUGGGAAGGAUUGGCAUCGUUCUGUUGUAUCUAUGAAUGGGAUUGAAGUAAAAUUGUCAAUGAAGUUUACAAGCCGUGAGUUCAGUCUAAAGCGACUCCCUUCGCGCAAACAGACUGGUGUCUUUGGUGUUAAAAUUGCUAUAGUUACCAAAAGAGAACGCUCAAAGGUGCCAUACAUUGUACGUCAGUGUGUGGAAGAAAUUGAAAGACGUGGAUUGGAAGAAGUUGGCAUUUACAGGGUAUCUGGAGUAGCUACAGACAUCCAAGCACUGAAGAAUGUCUUUGAUGCAAAUAACAAGGAUGUCUCUGUCAUGAUGAGUGACAUGGAUGUCAAUGCCAUUGCUGGGACACUGAAACUGUAUUUUAGGGAGCUUCCAGCUCCACUUUUCACUGAUGAGUUGUACCCCAACUUUGCAGAGGGUAUUGCCCUGUCAGAUCCUGUGGCCAAAGAGAGCUGCAUGCUGAACCUGCUACUUUCUCUGCCGGAACCCAACCUGCUCACAUUUCUCUUCUUGCUCGAUCACCUCAAGAGGGUUGCAGAGAAGGAAAGUCAGAACAAGAUGUCCCUACACAACCUUGCCACUGUUUUUGGACCUACUUUGCUACGGCCAUCAGAAAAAGACAGUAAAAUCCCAGUAAAUCCUACACAGCCAAUAAGCAUGGCUGAUAGCUGGAGUCUAGAAGUAAUGUCACAGGUGCAAGUUCUUCUGUACUUUCUGCAGUUAGACACUAUCCCUACUCCAGACAGCAAGCGCCAGAGUAUACUCUUUUCUACUGAAGUAUGAUUUCUGCUCUCCAACUGCUGCUGAAGUCAUCUCAAUGUAACCUGUGAAAUCUUCAGAAAGGAGGAGAACUGGCAUACUGUCACCAUCCUGCCUGUCCCUUUGCAACAUGCACACACUGUGAUAGAAGGGACCCGUAAUCUGUUCCCUCCCACACUCUGCACACACUGAGUAUGUGCCACAGGGAAUUGUAAGCUUUUUUUAAUUUAUUUAUUUAUUAGGAUUUAGUCUAGUCAGAGAUCGGCAAUCUUUAACUCUCUAGCUGUUGCAGAACUGCUAAUUCCAGAAUGUUAAGUUUCCAGCUGGGAGCCAUGGCCCAGACUGAACUUGCUGGGACAAGUAGUUUAACAGUAGGGAGUUCUUAGAUGGCUGUCUAUGGCAGUUUAGAUAAUAUGUAAAACAGCUGAUGGGUCUUCCCUUUGCUCCUGUAUCUAGACCAGUAUCCCACAAGGUCGUAGCAAUAGUUAUUUGUAUCCUGUCUUGGACCAAAACACUAUAUUUUAUACAGACUGGGCUAUGGCUGGGUGCCACAAUUCAUCAUAUUCCUGAAGCUUCUUCAUAGUAGCCAUUCUAGAAAAAAAAAAUACUUAGGAGAUUAUUUUUAAAAAUCAAAUUUUUUCAGAUUUUUUUUUAAAUAAAACUAGAAUCCACAAUUUUGCUCUUAUUUAUCAAUAAAAAAAAACUGACUUUUUUGGAUUGUAGUGCGAAAAACCCAAAUUUUUCGCAUUUGACCCGGAAAAACCAACGUCAAACCUUUUCAUGAGGGUUAAAACAUCUUCAAAUGGUUAUGGGGUCAUCUGCCAUUGACUUUUACAUGAAUUCGAGAGGUUUUAGAUGGAGUAUUUUUGGAUUCUGAGUUUUUCCAAUGCUGUUUUAAUGUGAUUCGCCUCCUGCUUUGUCAUUAUCAGCCACCAGGUGUCAGUGUAAUACAAUUAUACUUGUCAUAUUUGUGACUGGAAUGGUUCGGGAGCUCUGUGAAGGGGCAUAUUUAUAAAGCUGUGAAAAAUAUAACAAGCCAAAAAAAGUGUAGAAAACAAACAAACAAGGUGUGUUUAGAAUCUAUGUUGUCCUUAUGCAUAAAUUAACAACAUGCACCUAUAAAAUCAUCCAUUGUAAAGGACUUAUCACCCUGGUAUAUGUGUAUAUCAAGGUUUUCACUCAUCUGGGACAUGAUAUAUGCAUUUAUAAUGAAAUCCAAAGCAACUGGACUUGCUGAUCAAUGUGAAAACACUCAUCUGAGCAGCAUCUCAAGAUUUAUGAGUCCAGUUGAUUUGGGUUUAGCACUUCAUGAGAGGGAUGCACCGAAUUGGUUUGAGAUUCAGCCUUUUUCAGCACGAUUUGGAUACGGCCGAAUCCUUCUCCCUGGCCGAACCGGAUCCAAAUCCUAAUUUGCAUAUGCAGGGAGGGAAAUCGCGUGAGUUUUUGUCACAAAACAAGGAAGUAAAAAUUCCCCUUUCCACUCCUAAUUUGCAUAUGCAAAUUAGGAUUCCGUUUGGUAUUUGGCCGAAUCUUUCGCAAAGGAUCCGGGGGUUCCGGUGAAUCCAAAAUAUUUUACUCCACAUAAAAGAUAUAGCGCCCUGAAGUCAAUAGGACAAAUUGUGAAGGCAGAAAAUUCUGGUGUAAAAAGCGGCGGCGUCCAAUUAUACUUUUUUAAAAACAAAUGGAACUUUUAACUGAAAAAUUUUA